GUGUGAGAUUAACGGAAUAUAAAAUUUGCUCUUUUGAAGUGUACGAUUCAGUGUCUUUCACUAUAUUCCUAGUAUCGUACAAACAGAACCACUACCUAAUUCCAGAACAUUCCAUCAGUCCGACAGCUAGUCCUGUCCCCAUCAGCUAUCACGUGGCUGUUGGCCCCCAUGAGGUCUUUCCUGUCCCUGGAGAAGCCUGGUGCGGGUGUGUCACAUGCGUGGACUCACACCCUGUGCCCUUCUGUGUCUGGUUCCCUCCCUGAGCGUCGUGGGCUCAGGGUCAGUCCCUGGGCAGCGUGUGGGGGCGCCUCGCUCCUGCUGGGGCCGAUCACAUGCCCGUGGGCAGACAGACCACGUUGUGUCCUCUCACCCUUUCAUGGACGCUGGGUGUCCUGUGGCUGUUGUGACUCCUGCCACUGUGGACACGUGUGUACAGGUUUUGUGCGGACAAGUAUUUUCACCUCUCCUAGGGCUCCGGGGAAGCGGCUCGUGAUUACCCCCAUGCGCCCUGGCCUCGGGUGGCGCUUUCUAAAGGAGCAGCCCAGGGUCCUGUAGCCGCAGAGUCUGGAAGCAACCUGCUUGUGGGAGGGGUUCAACUUCACUCCAGGUCGUGGCUGCUGAGAGAGGGAAGCUGUGGCAGGCAGGGCAUGGACAGGGCUUACCGGGCGGGCUUGCGGGGCAUGCGCGAGCACGGGCUACCGAAGGGGCGGCAGUCGAACCCCAGGGACGAGGGCCAGCCGGCCAGCACCUGUGGCCAGCUCCGUGAGCUUUCUCUGUGGAUAAAGGUCAUUCCUGCCUGCCUCUGUCCCAGGUGCUGGGAGCAGAGCCCCCUCAAGGGGGGGGUCCUCCAAAUCCAGGAGAUUUCUGGGGCCGCAGGGAGGGGAGCGGUCACUGGGUCCCUGCGGCCUUGCGCUCUGCUGAGUGCCCGGCCAGCCUUGGCCACGGACCUCCACACAACCCAUUUCUUCUGAUGAGCAAAACUGGGGCUCAGAGGAGCUACGGUGCCCCUGCGUUGUCAGAGAAUUGUUAGGAGGCUGAGCUGGGUUUUGACCCCAUCUGCAUGACCCCAGAAUCUUUAAAAGGAAUGGCCGAGACCCUGAAUCACCGCUAACUGUGUGUUCAUCCAGGAAGACCUCAGGACUUUCCACUCUUGGCUUCUAAGGCUGUGUCCCACCGGGUCUUGGCUUGCAGGAGCCGGCGGGUGCAAGGACAGGCCGGGGCAGGCCGGGGCCUCCAGGCUGGGGGAAGUGCUGUCCCGGUUGCAGGGGGUGCCUGUGAGCCUGCGAAGCUGAGCCGGGCAGCGGCAGGUCCUUGGGGCCCAGAUGCAGCCCUCUGCUGGAGCUCAGGCCUGCGGGCCCCUUCGCUGGCCAGGAGCUCGGGGUAAAGGCAGCCCCUCCCCGCCCCCUGAGGGAUUGCAUAAGCUGCCCGCGUGCGGACAGUGAUUACUGGAAGUCCCGAGGAUUUCUUCAUCCAGGGCUUGGCGGGGAGCGGCAGCUGCCUCCCCUUCCUGCCUCUCCUCGGUGAUUAAUGUCCUCAGCCACUGCCGGCCUGAGGAGCUCCAGGGCCAGCCUAGGGUCUGGGCUCCCGUGGCGGUGGGUGGGGACCAGGGGAGCCUAGGGCACAGGCCACGGGGCAGAUGGAAAUCGGGUGGGAAGCCUUGUGCCUCUGUAGUCAGCCCCGGUGGCAUUUUCUGCGCCUGCUCUGCCUGCCUUCUAGAGCAGGACCGUUCUUGGUGGGGAAGCUGUGUGUCUGUGCCCCUUCCUGGCUCACCUUGGCCCCGACUCCCCCAGAGACGCUCCUGCGAGCCCAGUCUGGUGGCAGAGGGACAGGGCUGGCGCUCAGCUUGGAGGUGCCGGCCGGGUUGGACUUUGACUCCCAGCCUCAGACUCGCCAGGUCACGGAGCCGGGCCCAUGGGAUGGGCAAGGAUUGUUGCUCACACCAGGGCCCAGGGCUCUCUUCCUGGGUGGCAGGAACGGACCCCUGGGGCCAAGUUACUUGUUAUUUGGUGGGCCAGGCAGCGCUCGCUGGUCAUGUGGACAGCGGUGGGGAGCGCGGUGGGGCAGCCCAGCCGCACUGGAAGGGCUGCCGCCAUCCUGGAGGUCCGUCCCAGAGCUCGUCUUCGUUCUGGCCCAGGCACUGCUCCGUGUGGCCGGGAGCCCCUCUGGGUUGCACUUGCUGCCUAGGUGGGCCCUGUGGUCAAGAGUCCAGUCCCGGUGCCCGCAGGGGGUGCGGUCGGGUCGUGGUUGGGGCCUCCUGAGUACUUGGAGCACGGGGUCGGAGCCCAGCCCCAGGGGCUACUCGAGUGUGCUCAGACUACACUGGGGGUAGAGGUCCCCUCCCACCCCGGCAUGGCCCCUGGGGAGGGGCGCCCCAACACCGUGCGGUCAGGGGAGCCUCCGCGCCCACCCUCCACUCCAAAGGCAUGGCUGGCUGUGCUGAGCCCACCUGCUCUGUGCCCACCUGACCUGGCCACCCCUUAGCCCACUCUCCCUUAUCCCUGGGGCUGUGCCCUCACCUGUUGGGCCUCAAGGGUGACCUUGGGAUGUGCCAUGUCUCUCCCCAGGUCAUGAUGCCGCCACCGCGGAGCAAGAAACCCAGAUAGACACACCCGCGGCCUGGGUCGCGGAGCCCCCCGAUGCUGGUGGUGGGGCCUGCCAUGGACGGGGAGCUUCCGCAGCGCGAGCCCCCUCCAGCGGGCGGCACCCUCUACAGCCCGCCCCCCCUGCAGACCCCGCUGUGCGGGCCCGGCGUCCAGAGCGCCAUGCUGCACUGCCCGUGGUGGACCGCCUUCUCGCCCACGCCGUACCCAGCCUUCUCCAGCGAGAGCCCCCAGUUCAUGAGCUCCACCUCCUUCCUCGCCAGCCAGCCCUGCGUGGACACCAGCUACGGACCCCCCACCACCACCCCCAGCUUCCUGCCAAAGACGGGCGACUUUCCUCAGGAUUCCGCGUACCUCGACGACCUUUCCAACGCCUCCAUCUUCUCUUCGUCCGUGGACUCCCUCUCAGACAUCGCAGACACACCGGACUUCCUGCCGGCCGACAGCCUCAGCCAGGUGCCCACCAUCUGGGACGUGAGCACCGGCCCCGCCGCUCAGGAGAAGCUGCUCCUGCCCACUGGGCCAUGGACAGGCCUUGAGGACCCCAUGUCCUCCCUUUCUAGCACCCCACUUCUUGUCAGCUACCAGUCCCAGAGUCAGCCUGAGGAGGAAGACGAGGCAGAGGAGGAUGAGGGGGAGGAGCUGGGCCACACAGAGACCUACGCCGACUACGUACCGUCCAAAUCCAAGAUCGGGAAGCAGCAUCCGGACCGCGUGGUGGAGACCAGCACCCUGUCCAGUGUCCCACCACCAGACAUCACCUACACCCUUGCCCUGCCUGCUUCCGACAGCGGGGCCCUGUCUGCCCUACAGCUAGAGGCCAUCACCUAUGCCUGCCAGCAACAUGAGGUCUUGCUCCCCAGCGGCCAGCGGGCCGGCUUCCUCAUCGGCGAUGGUGCAGGUGUGGGCAAGGGUCGCACGGUGGCUGGCAUCAUCCUGGAGAAUUACCUGCGGGGCAGGAAAAAGUCCCUGUGGUUCAGUGUCUCCAACGAUCUCAAGUAUGACGCGGAGCGGGACCUGCGGGACAUCGAUGCACUGGGCAUCGCGGUGCACGCGCUGAGCAAGAUCAAGUACGGGGACAACACUACCUCAGAGGGCGUCCUCUUCGCCACCUACUCUGCCCUCAUCGGGGAGAGCCAGGCCGGCGGGCAGCAUCGCACGCGCAUCCGCCAGAUCCUGGAGUGGUGCGGAGAGGCCUUCGAUGGAGUCAUUGUGUUUGAUGAGUGCCACAAAGCCAAGAACGCCAGCUCCACGAAGAUGGGCAAGGCCGUCCUGGACCUGCAGAACAAGCUGCCCCAGGCCAGGGUGGUCUAUGCCAGCGCCACAGGUGCCUCUGAGCCCCGGAACAUGAUCUACAUGAGCCGCCUGGGCAUCUGGGGUGAUGGCACGCCCUUCCGAACCUUCGAGGAGUUUCUGCAUGCCAUCGAGAAGAGGGGCGUGGGCGCCAUGGAGAUCGUGGCCAUGGACAUGAAGGUCAGCGGCAGGUACAUCGCCCGGCAGCUCAGCUUCUCCGGUGUCACCUUCCGCGUUGAGGAGAUCCCCUUGGCCCCGGCCUUUGAGCGCGUCUACAACCGCGCGGCCCUGCUGUGGGCCGAGGCCCUGGGCGUGUUCCAGCAGGCGGCUGACUGGAUCGGCCUGGAGUCUCGCAAGUCCCUGUGGGGUCAGUUCUGGUCGGCUCAUCAGCGCUUCUUCAAGUAUCUGUGUGUCGCUGCCAAGGUGUCCCGGCUGGUGGGGCUGGCCCGGGAGGAGCUGGCCCGGGACAAGUGUGUGGUCAUCGGGUUGCAGUCCACGGGCGAGGCUCGGACCCGGGAGGUGCUGGACGAGAAGGAUGGGCAGCUCGACUGCUUUGUCUCCGCUGCUGAGGGUGUCUUUCUGUCGCUAAUUCAGAAGCACUUUCCUUCAACCAAAAGAAAGAGAGAGAGAGGAGCAGGCAGUAAGAGAAAACGGCGGCCGCGGGGCCGCGGGUCCAAGGUGCCCAGGCUAGCGUGCGAGGUGGCAGGCGUGAUCCGCAUCAGCGAUGACAGCAGCACAGAGUCAGACGCCGGCCCGGACAGCGACUCCCACUCCUCCCCCGAGUCCGUGCUGGACGACGACGUGGUCAUCUUGGACACUGUUGGCCUGCCAGCCGACGACCGCGGGCCUUUGUGCCCCCUGCAGCGGGACCCUCACGGCCCCGGCAUCCUGGAGCGCGUGGAGCAGCUGAAGCAGGACCUGCUGGCCAAGGUGCGGGCGCUGGGCCGGGAGCUGCCCGUGAACACCCUGGAUGAGCUCAUCGACCAGCUCGGGGGCCCUGAGCGCGUGGCCGAGAUGACUGGCAGGAAGGGCCGCGUGGUGUCCAGGCCUGACGGGACAGUGGCCUUUGAGUCUCGGGCAGAGCAAGGCCUCUCCAUCGACCACGUGAACCUCAGGGAGAAGGAGCGCUUCAUGAGUGGGGAGAAGCUUGUAGCCAUCAUCUCUGAGGCCUCCAGCUCCGGCAUCUCCCUCCAAGCCGACCGCCGCGUCCGGAACCAGCGGCGCCGGGUGCACAUGACACUGGAGCUGCCGUGGAGCGCCGACCGCGCCAUCCAGCAGUUCGGCCGGACCCACAGGUCCAACCAGGUCUCUGCGCCCGAAUAUGUCUUCCUCAUCUCGGAGCUGGCCGGGGAGCGCAGGUUUGCCUCCAUCGUUGCCAAGCGGCUAGAGAGCCUGGGGGCUCUGACUCAUGGGGACCGGCGCGCCACGGAGUCCCGUGACCUGAGCAAGUACAACUUCGAAAACAAGUACGGCACCCGGGCCCUCAGCUGCGUGCUCACCACCGUCCUGAGCCAGACUGAGAACAGGGUGCCGCUGCCCCAGGCCUACCCCGGAGGAGAUGCCGCUUUUUUCCGGGACAUGAAGCAGGGCCUGCUGUCCGUCGGCAUUGGGGGCCGUGAGUCCAGGUCCGGCUGUCUGGAUGUGGAGAAGGAUUGUUCCAUCACCAAGUUCCUGAACCGCAUUCUGGGGCUGGAGGUGCACAAGCAGAACGCGCUCUUCCAGUACUUCUCGGACACCUUCGACCGCCUCAUCGAGACGGACAAGAAGGAGGGCAAAUACGACAUGGGCAUCCUGGACCUGGCUCCGGGCAUCGACGAGAUCUAUGAGGAGAGCCAGCAGGUUUUCCUGGCCCCCGGACACCCACAGGACGGGCAGGUGGUCUUCUACAAGAUCAGCGUGGACCGUGGCCUCAAGUGGGACGAGGUUUAUGCCAGGUCAUUGGAGCUGACGGGCACCCAUGACGGCUUCUACCUCUCGAAGGUUCGAGGCAAGCCGAGCUGCCUCCUGGCCGAGCAGAACCGCGGGAAGCACUUCACGGUGUACAAGCCCAAUGUGGGUCGGCAGAGCCAGCUGGAGACGUACGACAGCCUGUGCCGGAAGUUCCGCAGGGUGACGGCGGAGGAGGCCAGGGAGCACUGGGAGAACAGCUACGCCUUCUCGCUGACGCACUGCAGCCACGCGGCGUGGAACCGCCCCUGCCGCCUGGUGCAGGAGGGCAAGGACUGCACGCAGGGCCUGCGGCUGCGCCACCACUACAUGCUGUGCGGGGCCCUGCUACGCGUAUGGGGCCGCAUCGCCGCCGUCAUGGCCGACGUCACCAGCAGCAGCUACCUGCAGAUAGUGCGCCUCAAGACCAAGGACAAGAAGAAGCAAGUCGGCAUCAAGAUCCCCGAGGGCUGCGUGCGCCGCGUGCUGCAGGAGCUGCAGCUCAUGGACGCGGACGUGAAGCGCAAGAACGCGCGCGGCCGGGGCUUCCCCGCGCCGCUGCCAGCCCUGCGCCCGCUCGCGCUGCCCUGCGGCCCGGGCGAGGUCCUGGACCUCACCUACAGCCCGCCGGCACAGGCCUUCCCGCCGCCCUCACCCUUUGCCUUCCCGCCCCCGCCUCCGCCCCCGGACCCCGCGCCAGCCCCCGGGGGCCUUCCGCUGGGCGCCCCGGACACCGCGGCGGAUCCCGCGGCCCUGGCGCACCAGGGCCGCGACAUCAACUUCAAGGAGGUGUUGGAAGACAUGCUGCGCUCCCUCAACGCCGGGCCGCCCACCGGUCCCUCCGGGCCGGGCGCAGGGGCCGCAGGGGCGCCUGGGGGGGCCGGGGGCCCUGAGCGGCAGAGCGUCAUCCAGUUCGGCCCCCCCUUUCCAAACUCCUAGACCCAAUAGGCGACCGGCAGCCGGUGUCCGAGAAGAAGCUUGCUUCUCUGCAAUAUUCAACGGCGGCCACAGGGACUCCGUCUGGUCUCCCGCCCACGUGGGUGGUGCGCGGGGGCCGGGCUCCCCUGCUGACUGCCAGGAAGGUGGGGGCUGCGGUGCCCCCCAUCCGGUUCCGGAGGUCUCCACAGCAGUGCCUUCCCUGCGGGCGGUUGGGCGGACCCCUCCCGAUGCUGCCCGCCCUUCCGGGCUCUCCGAGGCAGUGCAGAUCCUACUCAGGAUGACUCGGGGUCUGGACUCGGAGUCUAGGCUCGGGCAGGGCCCAGGGGUGGGGGCCCACCCUCCCUCUGCCUCUGUCCCCCCCCCCCCACCAGGCCUAGGCAGGGGCUCCCCAACCCACCUCACCCCACCCACCUUACAGGGCCUGGUCUGACCGGAACCCCUGGAAUCCACAAAACUGGGUGGCCCCAAGAGCUGGAAACUCAGGAAACCCCAGGUGCUCAGGGCCCUGCCUUCUCUGGGGGGCUCCAUGGGACAGGCCCCCCCCUAUUAAUAUAUGCAAUUCUUCCCCACUCUCUUUGCUCCCUAAAUUAUUGCCCGGCCACCUCUCCCAGGCCCCAGAAUCUGCCGUGGAGCUGGCGGUGUGGACGGGCCCCUUGGUUUCUAUGUGUAUUUAUAAUGAAUUCAAGUGUACAUAUGUAAAGAGAUCUUUUUUAAAUAUAUGUGCCUUUUCACUAUU